CCAGUAACUUCAAAUGUAACAGCACAUGGGACGGAGUAUCAUGUUGGCCUUCAACAUCAGGUGGAGCUACUGCAGAAAUUUCUUGCUUUGGGGAGCUACGUGGUGUCUUUUACGACACAAGUCAAAAUGCCAGUAGAGUGUGCUACGAGAACGGAACAUGGGCUAAAAGAUCAGAUUACUCGAGAUGCAAACCGCUACCAGGAGACGAAGAAUUUUUAAAGGUUCUGUGGGAUGUGAAAGAAGCCACCACCAUCUACUUUGUUGGUUAUGGCAUCUCCUUGGCCGCCCUCUUUGUCGCUCUGUGGAUAUUUCUGCAUUUUAAAGAUCUGAGGUGUUUACGGAACACUAUUCACACCCACCUCAUCGUCACCUAUAUCCUGAUUGACUUGAUGUGGAUUCUAACCGCUUCGCUACAGAUUGGACCUGCUCCUUCGACACUAGCAACAAAGGUUGCUUGUAUAUUAACCAUCUUCCUAACUUACUUGAUGGGAACGAACUUCUUUUGGAUGUUUGUAGAGGGCCUGUACCUCUACAUUCUGGUUGUUAAGACAUUCUCUAUUGACUUCAUUAAAUUUCACCUGUACGCUAUUAUUGGCUGGGGAGUACCGGCUCUUGUCGUUUUGAUCUGGGCUCCUGUAAAGGCGUAUUUUUCUCCUGUGACAAGUGACAUGUUUCUUCAACUCGGAUGUCCUUGGCAGAAUAAAGACGACUACGACUAUAUAUUUAUUUUUCCUGUCGUUGGUAUUCUGUUGAUAAACAUCUUUUUCUUGGCCCGAAUCAUGUGGGUACUGAUUAGUAAGUUGAGAUCAGCUACAACUGUUGAACAGAAACAGUACAGAAAGGCUUCGAAGGCUCUGUUGGUACUGAUUCCUCUACUAGGUGUCACUUACAUCCUCGUCAUUGCAACACCCAAUCACCGGACAGCAAGGAUAGUGUUCACCUAUUUACAGGCGACACUACUCUCAACCCAGGGCCUCACAGUAGCGGUUCUCUAUUGUUUUUUCAACGGAGAGGUCCGGAACUCAUUACGUCAUCACAUGGAACGCUGGAAGAUGAAGCGGGCACUAGAGGGCGCUCCUCGUCAUUCUGUCAACUACCGACCAUCCCAACAUAGUGAAAACUUGAACUCGUAUUGUAGCAGGAGGUCUCGCAAUAGAGGGAGCUGCGUUAGCUUUACUACUUCAAUAUCUUUUAUCAGUGGCGCCAGUCACAACACACAAAGUGGUCACAAGCAUAACGAAACAUCCUUCAUGAUGCUCUCGGCAAAACCUGAUGCAAGUUAGAAAAGAAUAAACGGAAAACUUAAGUUAUAGUUCACUUUGCUAUUAAAUCGUUUGUUUACUAACAGCACAUAUGAACUUUGUGUGACAAAAAAAUAAAAAAAGGAUCUCGAAAUUUAGAAGAAUUUCAUUAACAGGUUCACAUAAGUUAAUAUCAAUAUGUAAAAUAAAUUAUCAGUAAAUAAUCUCGAAAAUUAUAAAAGUUUCUGUAAAAUAUAAAGGAACGUCAACGAACACAGCUUUAUUUACAGUUGUUGGUGUAUGAGAAAAUAUGUCACUAAACAACUGGACACUGGUCAACAUUAUUGACCAAAAAUCAGAUAAUAUAUUGAGUCAUUUUUGUAGACGUUAUUACGAUAUUACCUCUAUUGUGUAAUCGGACAAUAUUGAGUAUUGUUGGGAAAUGUACGGGUAUGUGUUAUGGAGACACGGGCCUAGGAAAAUGGACACCACGGUUCGAACAAAGAUAUUAUUGUGGUUGUUCUUGCUCUUGUUCAAGAAGCAAAACUUUGUGUAACGUCAAACGAGAAUUUCAAAAUAGAUAUGGAACUGUCUCAAGUGACUGCACGUUGUUAUUGGACCUCUGUAAUCGUAAUUACAAAACGUUGGGUGAAUUGUUUCUUGAUAGUACCACCUUGUUUUGAAUUCAUGUACUUGUUAAGAUUACGUGAAUAUUUUAAGAUUUAUUGUGUUAUAAUACCUAGUUUAUGGAAGUAUUGAUGUUUAAAAAUGUUGCAUCAAGAGGGCGCAAAACAGAUAUAAAUGCAAUAAGGGCUAAUUUUUUUAUAUUCUAUGAUCCGAAAGAGAGUGUCAAGCAGAAAAAAAAAUAAGCACAAGUGACGCCUUUUAGUUAGUGAUAGGAACAGUUAGAGCUAUCUUGCUCUAGACGAGACAUUCCUGAGUUAUAUCUCGAUACAGUUAGAGCUAUCUUACUGUAGACGAGACAUUCCUGAGUUAUACCUAGAUACAGUUAGAGCUAUCUUACUGUAGACGAGACAUUCCUGAGUUAUACCUAGAUACAGUUAGAGCUAUCUUACUGUAGACGAGACAUUCCUGAGUUAUACCUAGAUACAGUUAGAGCUAUCUUACUGUAGACGAGACAUUCCCGAGUUAUACCUAGAUACAGUUAGAGCUAUCUUACUCUAGACGAGACAUUCCUGAGUUAUACCUAGAUACAGUUAGAGCUAUCUUACUGUAGACGAGACAUUCCCGAGUUAUACCUAGAUACAGUUAGAGCUAUCUUACUCUAGACGAAACGU